UACUCCUGUUAGUCCCUCUUUGUCCGGUGGCGAUAGAAGGCCAUGAUAAUUAUGGCAAAAUUUGCGUUUUUGAAUGAAUUAUAGUUGAAUGGUGGAUCAACAAGCAUACACCGAGUGAGGACUGGUUUGCUGGCAAUGACACACCAGAGAUUUUCAUUUUAAAGGACAGCAGAGCAAGCAACGGAGAAAGGGUACAGUUUGCUUCCAAGACAGUCUGCAAGAUGGCUAGCUAUCUUCAGUGGCAUGCUAACGUUAGCUAGCCAGCUAAUGAUAGCAUAGUAAACAACAAUUUUCAAAACAUGAUCGAUGGCUUCACCUCAACUGUGGUUAGCAACAACAAGUGCACAUUUUCAGUAAUGAAUGUAGAAAUAUAAAUCACAGUUUGGGUUAAUUUUGUCGGUGUGGAGGCUACUGUGUGAAAUCUCUACCCUGCUAGCAAGCCACAUUGAGUAACGUGGCUAGCUAGUUAGCUGAGAUAGUAACUAGCUUGCGUUAAGCUAGCUGGUUGGGUUCCUUGCUACACAUCUGUAAGUGAUCAUUUUAGAGAGGGAGGUGGGGUACUCUGUAACUUACUUGUACUGGCAGUCACGCCAGGUAGCAAGCAACAACUUUCACACCGCUCGUAAAAACUGCCUUGCAGCAGGACUAACUGUGCGAAAUAGCGUGAAACCAGCUCCGUUUUACCUGAAGCUUAUUUGGUGACCAUAUCCCGGCGUGACAGACACCGUGGCGAAAGAUUUGCAGCUGGAAAGGAGUUUCAGACCUGGGCCGGCUUUGUAAUCAAAAUAAGUUAUCAAUUCGUGCUAGUGAUUGCUGUGAUUAUGAUCAUUUUAGCGAUAUUGAAAUGAUCUGAAGGCAGAUUCCACCUACUCGGCUCAUAGCCUUCAAGACGUCGUCAUUUUUAACUUUUUUUUUCUUGCAUAUGAACGGUGAUAUGCCACUUCACCGACAGUCAUAUUAGCUAAUGGCUGCCGAAUCGGGGAGACUACUGGCGGGACAAGGAAAACGAAGCAAAGCAUCACAGAUGAAGAGCCCAGAGAAGAAGAAGGCCAGGAAAUCCACCACUCAGGCGGCAGGGUUUUCUCACCUCACCGAGUUUGCACCCCCUCCAACCCCCAUGGUGGACCACCUGGUUGCCUCCAACCCCUUUGACGAUGACUUUGCUCCUCCAACCCGACCCAGUGGCGCAGGCGGACCAGGCAAUGCUCCAUUUCUCCCCAGCCCAGGUGCAGGUGGAGGAGGUGGUUAUGGAGGUGGAGGUAGGAUGGGUGGCGGCAUGGGCUUCAUGGGAGGCCCAGGUGGACCAGGCAGUGGCCAGCCAGGAAGGAGGCCUCCAUUUGGCCCCCCAUCCAACGCAGGACCACACCACCAGCUAGGCUUUGGAGGCAUGCCUGGCUUCGGAGGAGGUGGUGGGGGAGGCAGUGGGGCCGGAGGAGGAGGAGGUGGGGGAUUUCCUCCUGGCGGGCCUUCUCAGUUUAAUAUGCCUCCAAACUUCAGUCCACCCAUGCACCCAGGUCCAGGAUUCAACCCUAUGUUGUCCCCAGGAGCUAUGGGAGGUCCUGGAGGAGGGGGGCCACCCCACCCUCGCUUUGGCAUGCCACCACAGCAGCAGCAUGGACAGGGUGGACAUCCAUUUAACAGCCCACCAUUGCCUGGUGGUGGAGGUCCAAGAGGGCCCCCACAUGGCCCACUGCCUCCCAUGGGAGGAGGUAUGGGUCCUGGGAUGAACAUGAUGGGGGGCAUGGGGGGUGGCCCAGGAGGCAACAUGGUGGGAGGAUUACCAGGUAUGCCCCCUCAAGGACAAUUCCCUCCCUCACAGGAUGGUCCUUACCCUGGCCCCAGCCCACCAGGGCCAGGCAGUGAGGAUGGAAAGAACUUUGGUGGAGGAGGGGCACCACCUGGACCUCAGCAGCAGCAACAGCUUAACCUAAAUCCCAACGGCCCCCCUCCUAAUAAUACAACUCCUGGUCCUCCUCCUAACUCUGGGCCCUCACAGCCAGGAGGAGGCUUCCCUGGCCACCCUGACGUCCAGCAGCCAAACGCAAACACACCCGGUCAGCCCCCCUCAGCGCCAACCCAGCCUAACCCCAACUCUUCUCCUACUGGUCCCUUGAAUGGGUCAGGCCAGCCCCAGCAUCCUCCACCCGGUCAGCUACAACCCCCAAACAAUACAAACACCCCCAACUCGAACAACUCAAACCAGCAGCAGCAGCAGCAACAAUCUACCCCACCUAACUCUGCUCCUGGCUCUACUCCUUACAAUCAGCAGAAUAACACUCCUGGUGCUGGUGGUCCCCUGCCAAACCCAGCCUCCAAUUCAGGUCAGAACAACAUGGCCAACAACAAUGGCGGCAACACUCCUGGCAGCAACCCCAACCCCCCUUCCAACUCUACUUCCACCCCAAACACCCAGUCUCCUCUGCCCCCCGGCCCUGCUGCCCCUUCGACUGGGCCUGGUUCUGGCCCUGGAAAACUUGGUGGCCCCGGGAUGGUGUUCCCUUGCGGCCUCUGCAUGGCAGAGGUGCACGACGAUCAGGACGCCAUCCUAUGCGAGGCAUCGUGCCAACGCUGGUUCCACCGGGACUGCACAGGCCUCACUGAGCCAGCGUAUGGGCUGCUUACUCGAGAGAGUGCCGCCGUAUGGGCCUGUGACUUCUGCAUCAAGACCAAGGACAUUCAGGCCGUUUUUGUGCGCCAGGGGUUAGGCCAGCUGGUGGCAGCUAAUGAGAGUUGAGGAGUGGACAACAAGGGAGCAACGUGGAGGUGUGAAGCAAAAGGACAAACAGAGACACUCUUUGCUCUGAUGUAAUUGAAUGACCUGUGUCAUGUCAGCUACUUGCCCAACUUUCUCUUGACUAGCCCUUUACUUGUUCACUACACCGAGAUCCACACUCACUGAUAUUCAUGCUGAUACAUAGCACUUUGAGUGGCUCGUGGCAAAUGAUUCAUCCUAUCCUUUCCCUAAAAGGAUUCAAAUCUUAAAGAAUGUUAAACUACACAGUCCUUCAGACAUCUAGCCUGCCAACCAGAAACGCACUGACACCAACACACUACCUCACACACUUUGUGACUGACUGGCACGGAGGCUCCCGCACUGACUUGACUGUGAUUGGCUCUUCACAUUCGUGCACCACAUGCAUGUGAUGGUAUUUAAAACAUUCUUGGGCACACACACAUUGGUAAAGCACACAAUAUUAAAAUCUUCCCCAGCCAUUUAUUGCUACAGUGACUCAAAGCCACCAGUUUUAUUCUCUAUCUCACACCUUAAACAGAAAUUAUAAGAGAAACUAAAUUUCAAAAAAUAUUGAAAGAGUGCCUAAAAGUCCAAGAGAAACUUUGGUUUUAUUAAUACAUUUAUCCCAAGCUUCAUUUGCCAUAAAAUGCUCCAUUGUUGCACCGCCCUCUCCUUAAUUAACCUUUAAAUUGAAGCAAAUGUAAAACAUAUUUCAGAAUGACAUCAUAAGCACACUUAAAGAUCUUUGAGGGAGGAAAUAUUUAAAGUUCUUUUGCCAAGUCUCAAAAAAUGGACAUAAACACUCCAACACUGUACUUCUUCAAUCUGUCAUUUUGUAAACAGUGAUGUUGAAUCCAAAGGAGACCCAGGCUUAGAUUUUAUUCUCACCUUGCAAAAAGAAGAGUUCAACUCCUUAUAAGUUGUGGACAUGCCACAGAGUUGACCAAUGAACAAAAUACGAAGUUGAAUUUGUGUGUCUUGGUUGUGUACAGUAUGACGUUUUGGUUUUUAUACAGUAUAUUUGAGUCAACCAUUUCUUUCUAUCUCUUUCUGCAGUCCACAUGAAUUGUGAAAUCAGUGCUUUCAGAUGGUGUUGGCAUAGCAAGUAGUAACAUCAUGUCAUAUCAGAUGUGCAUAGUCCUUUUUUUAAAACAAAAGAAAACAAAAAAAAAGAGGGGAGGGGAGGGUUGCAUGUGAAUCAAUGCAGUAACUGUCUGAUCUGUUUGUUUAUAUUCUGGUCUCUGCGCUGUAAGAGGCCGUGAAGUAGACCAAAUAACUUAAGAGCGAAAAAUACCCUUUUUCACAUUUCUGUCAUGGUAUAAGGUGUUUAAAACUAUCCUUCAUUCUCUCUUUCUUAUGUCUUUACUCAAUGUCCAGGUUGCCUUUCUUUCCUUGCUCUCUCUGCUGUUUCUUUUUCUUCUUUUUUUUUUUUUUUUUUUUUAAUUUUGUACUGGUAUUUGUGCUGUGCUCUUGCUCUGCUCUGGCGCCUCCUGGUGGAUCCUGGAAGAACCAGUGAGUCCCACACCAGGUGGGGAAGGGAAAGGUACUGAUCUCUGAAGUAAAGAAAGAUUUUUUUGUACUUGUCCAUGUCUGUGGUUUUUUGCAUUUUUUAAAAUUUGUUUGCUAAUUGUAUUAAAAUUAGGGUUGAAAAACCUGAUUAAAAAGAUGUAAAUGUAAUUUUAUUGUCCUAAUACUCAGAGUCAUGAUACAGCAUACCAAAUUUUCUAAUUGUUUAAUGAUCGGUCUGUUAAACAGAA